GUAUUUGGUUUUUGAUUAUGUUAAUAACCAUGAUUAAUGAUGUUUGAAUGAUUUAACAGAAGUUAAAAAUGGCAGACUUCAAACGUGGUGAUGGUGAAGACUUCUCUGCCACCCAAGACAAUGUGGAGAGAAUAGACACAGCCAAGAAAUAUGGAGGGCUGGUGCCAAAGAAGAAGCCCUUAAUCUCAAAGGACCAUGAACGUGCCUUCUUCGAUUCAGCAGACUGGGAAUUGUGUAAGCAAGCUGCAGGAGGAGUUAAUCAAGAAUCAGCACAGGCAAUAGAGACUUUGAGACCAAAGCUUCAGAGAACACCUCACCAACAAUUACCUCCGAGAAGACCCACUUGUACAUCUCAUCGAGAUAAUACGGCAAGGGCAGUAGAAUUCAUCAGGGGUGGCUUGAGAAGAAGGGAAGAAUAUGUUUGUAACAUUUUUAUGGUGAUGAAAUUUGAUACAUUGCAAUGGGCCCUUGAUUUAAUUAGUAUCUUUUAA